GUGCAGAAAAUCGCAGAGUAUGAUAGAAGCAGUGAAGAAAUAGGAUAUAGGUUGCACAAUCUGCAACAAUAGCAAACAUGUUGAUUCAAAUCCUAUACACCUAUUCCCAAGAAUUUCACCUUCCCUCGCAAUCACGUGAUGAUCAUGUGAAGGACUGUUAUAUAAAAGCUUUGCUCCAUCGUUAAACAGUCAGAUUGACGGUUUUGACAUUGAAGGUAGGUACCCUGUUUUAAUGCUCAAAUGUAAGGUCUCACUCUUUCAGCUGAUUGAAAAAACUCUUAUCCCCACAGUAUCCAUCUCAGAGACGACAGCAUCCAUGGCCCUCUGGAAAACAGCAGUAGUUGUGGUGUUGCUGGCCUGUGUGUCCUGGCCACUGGGAGCCACGGAGGACCUCCGCAGCUUCAAGGACCAGCUCAAGGACUGUUUGGUGGACAAGGACUACCAGGAUCUUCUGCACAUCAGUAGCCAUGGCCUUCUCCCUGCCCAGAGCCCUCGGCACGUGGUCAUCGUGGGCGCCGGCAUGGCCGGCCUGACCGCUGCCCAACUGCUGCAGGGCGCGGGACACCAGGUGACGCUGCUAGAGGCUAGCGGGAGGGUGGGGGGAAGGGUGGAGACCUACAGACACCCGACAGACGGCUGGUAUGCUGAACUGGGAGCCAUGAGGAUCCCCAGCUUCCACCAGAUUGUGCGUUCCUGCGCCCAGCGGCUGGGUGUGCGGUUGAGUAAGUUUGUGAUGGAUGACCCCAACACCUUCUACCUUGUCAAUGGGCAGCUUGUGAAGACGUACAGGGCAGACAAAAAACCCGCCCUCCUCAAAUACAACACCCCCCAACAGCUGUCGGCUGACCAGCUGCUGGAUCAGGCCUUGCAGACGGUAAAAGACGCAGUGAAAAAUCAAGGAUGUGAGGCUGCCAUUAAGAAAUAUGACCAGUAUUCUGUGCAGGGUUAUUUGGAACAAGUGGCUAACCUGAAUUCUGAGGAGGUAAAGAUGAUAGGAGACCUGCUGAAUGAGAACGGCUGGAUGUACACUGCCCUGACUGAGAUGCUCUACGAACAAGCAGCUAUCAACGACCACACUGAUUAUUCCGAGGUGGUGGAUGGCUCAGAUCGUCUCCCACAAGCCUUGCAUCGCGUCCUGCUUAACCCCGCCCAGCUGAACUCCAAGGUCAAACAAAUCAACCAGUCAGACACUGGCGUUGAUGUAUACUACCAGAAGGGUAAAGAAUCAGACUGGACCAAGGUGUCUGCGGAGGCAGUCCUCGUCACGACCACAGCCAAGGCGGCCCGCUUCAUAGACUUUGUCCCGCCUCUCACCAACAGUAAGAGGCACGCACUGAGCAGCGUUCACUACGACAGCUCCACCAAGAUCAUCCUCACCUUCAGCAAAAAGUUCUGGGAGGCUGAUGGCAUCAAGGGGGGGAAGAGCAUCACAGACCGUCCCUCUCGCUUCAUCUACUACCCCAGCCACAGCUUCCCUAAGAACCCGGACGUCGGCGUGCUGCUGGCCUCCUACACCUGGUCCGACGACUCUCUGCUCUUCCAGGGCCUGGGGGAUGAGGAGCUGAAGGAGGUGGCCCUGAACGACCUGGCGCUGAUCCACGGGGAGAAGGUCCGGGACCUGUGCACGGGGGUGGUGGUGAAGAAGUGGACCGCUGACCCCUACAGCCUGGGCGCCUUUGCCAUCUUCACUCCCUACCAGCAUACCGAGAUCGCCUUGGAGCUCUUCCGGUCACAGGGCAGAGUUCAUUUCGCCGGGGAACACACCGGCUUCACUCAUGCCUGGAUUGAAACAGCCAUGAAGACGGCCAUCCGAGCUGCCAGGAACAUCAACCAACAGCUUCAAGACAGCUUCAAGUCCACCGCUAAAGUAGAGCUCUAACGCCAACACCCAGCUACAAGUCCACCACUAGAGCGCUCUAACCCCAACACCCAGCUACAAGUCCACCACUAGAGCGCUCUAACCCCAACACCCAGCUACAAGUCCACCACUAGAGCGCUCUAACCCCAACACCCAGCUACAAGUCCACCACUAGAGCGCUCUAACCCCAACACCCAGCUACAAGUCCACCACUAGAGAGCUCUAACCCCAACACCCAGCUACAAGUACGCCACUAAAAGACUUGAUUUGCAGUGAUUUGUAAUUAAUCGCAUUUUGAAUCAUGAGAAGACAGUAUCUUCCUUCUCUCAGUGCUAGCUCUUUAUUUGCAUGUGUUGUGUUUGCAUUGAACAAAUCUCAAACUAAAUUGGUAUCUGCUGUGAACUCUAAAUGUAAUGAGAAUCGACCAAUCCGAGACUGCCACCUGCAAGAAGGCAAUAGCCUAGCUAUGCACAUAUUACAUUGCCUUUCCUGUUACUGAACAUAAUAAGCAACGGCCAAUGUGACAAAGUACUCAACACUUCAAUUAAACAUGAUGUUUAUUAAACAAAAGUUGUGCUUGGUUAUUGUCAAAAUGACCAAACGUUUCUUGUUAUCAAAACUAUCAAAACCGCUCCUGCCAAAUUCCUUUCACAUUCCAACAGAUGAUGUAUAAUUUAACCAGCUUCUACUCCAUGGUGAGUACAGUACUCUGAAUCAACAGACUCCAUAUUGAAUACCAGUCUCCAUAUUUAACUCUUUAAUCCAAGUGUUAAACAAUAUAGCGAAUGGCAGUUG